CCCCAGGUUUCCUAGCGUUUCUCAAGUACUCUCUAAUUGUGCACACGAGUGCCAGGGACUCCCUUCCUAACGAGAUGUGUAAAUUACAUCUCCUCGUGUUGAAAGAGUUGGCCAGCGCUUCCAGAGGAGUCGGGGUUGGCCCUGAUUAAUUUUUCACAAUCGGUGCCAAGUGUCAUCUCCUACUUGGUCCAAAUACAUCCAGCUGUUCCCGGUGAAGGUUAACAGUAUCUGAGAAUUCAUCUCGGGAACGUGACAGCUCUGCAAAUGUGAGAGUGUGACCACGGCCAAUAACCCUCGCGUGAUGGACGUUAUUGAGGAAAUCCUCCCUGCAUAAAAUGUUGCGUGCAAAUGUAUGCAAACAGUCAUGGCAAAAGAAUACAAAGAGAACAAAGAAAACAAGAUUUGCCUAUGAAAAAAGGGCCGGUCAUAUCCAUGACAUUCAAGCCCACUGCGGGAGGGAAGGUCUACAGCACGCCUGCUAUCAUGGUCCGGCGGUCACAUGUCCGUCUUGAUUAGUAAUAUGAAUAGAACAAAAGUCUUGUCUCACACCACCAGUCUACAACUGUGACGACGCGACUGCAACAACAUUCUGGGUCCUGGUCGCUGAUAUAGCCAGUUUGUGGUCUAGGCGACGCACGGUCGGUACAACUCGGCGUUCCUCGUAAACUUUCGCUGGCCGGGUCACCAGCCCGACGACUCAUCUCAAGUUGACGACGCAAACAUUCUCUGAAGUCCUGGCCGGGAUGUUGUUCCUCGCACGUUGUGCUGUGUGUCUGGUGCUGGCCGCCGCUACUGUGCGGGCCACCUCCUCUCUUAUCCCGAUCAGCUCCGACGACGGCCAAGGCGCGAAAGACACCGUACCAGGAUGUUCCUUUGGUGGAAACUAUUACGGCAUGAGGGAAGAAUGGCACCCGGACUUGGGGGAGCCGUUUGGCGUCAUGUUCUGUAUCCGCUGUCGCUGUGUCCAGACUUCAAGAAAAGGAAAAGUUGAUGGCCGUGUCUCUUGUAAGAACAUCAAGAAGGAAUGUCCCAAGUUGACGUGUCCGAACCCUGUCCUCAAUACCAAGCAGUGCUGCAGUACUUGCCCGGACGGUGCCGGAUCGCCACAGCUGAAUGUCUCCACCGCCGUGGAUACCGGUAUCCCGCUCGCUCCAUCCCGAAACCCACUGAAGCCCGGGGAAAUCCUGAAGCCUGCACCUCUGCCCAAACAGUCUAACGACGAGGAACGGAUGGAGAAAACAGCCGAGGAGGACAGCGAGGAAGACGUAUACAGUGUGCUCCUGACGGGAUCCCAGAUGUACCCUCCUGUACCUACGGCAGCAGCCGCUAGAGGGCGCCUGACGUUAUGGCGCAAGAACUUGCAUUAUUCCAUCCAUUUUUCUGGAAUGACCAGACCGCGGAUUGUCCGCUUCACGGACAGACUCGGGACAGUUCUGUUUGAACAUGAAGUCCGCGGCACUUCUCAGCCUCAUCCUUCACAGGUGUGCGGAGUCUGGCGUAACCUCCACCCCGUGUACGUCAGGUACCUGCAGCGCACGAUGGUUUACGUCACGCUGGUGACGCCAUCUUGGCCCGCAGGAGAAAUCAGAGGGAAAGUACACAGCGACCGGGUUGGUGGGCUCGAAACGUUUGGAUCUCUGCUGACGCCUCCUGUGGAUGACGCGCAUGCGUGGUUAGGUGCGGGAGGGGAGGCUGUGAUGGUGGCGGGACCGGACGGGACGUCUGUAGACUUCAUGGUCAUGUUUAAGGGACUGUGGGACGGAAAAGGGAACAGCUUAGUACCGGUACACCUACAGCUGACCCAUCCGGCAUGGAACAUCACCCUUCGGGACACGCACGCCGAGAUCACUGCGCAGUACAAUGAAUUUGCCGAGGUCUGGACUAACCUGACUGAGCAGGAACUGGGGUGGAUGAUGAGCGGUGAACUGCAGCUUACUGUAACUGCCGGAAAUCUUGAACAUCCUCGCGAGAUCUCUGGACCAAUCACUCUCAGGCAAACAUGUGACACAAUUCACGCAGUGAUGUCAGGUAGUCAGGCCACUCCAGGUACAGAGACAGGUGCCGCCGGAUCAGCUAUCUUCCACCUCCAUACAAAUGGUUCCGUCCAGUAUCAGAUUUCCACAGCAGGCCUGCGCAGUAGGGUGACCAGUCUCACACUGGAGUUUGACGAAUAUCACACGGGCGUCAGGCGGGUGGUGCGAGACCUAACUUCGACGUACAGUCCGUUCUACCAAAUGGCUACUGGAAUGGAAGAGCAAUGGAGCCUGUUGGACAUGCACAGCUUCCUGCACUCUGACCUCUGGGUCAACGUCAUGACAGAAGAGUUUCCAGCGGGGCAAGUGAGGGGACGGAUAGAGCCUCUGGUGUACAACGGGCACAGGGCGAGGGAAACAGGACUCCCAACUGUCCUUGCCGGAGUGAACGUGUUCCCGCCCCAGCGGACAGGAGCAGCCGGACAUGCGUGGUUGUCCAUAGACGGGGACUGCUCCCUGCACUAUGAGAUCCUGGUGGCGGGGCUCAACCGGGACGUGGACACCAGCGUCAGCGCACAUCUUCAUGGGUUCGCAGAGAUCGGAGAAAUGACCACUGAUUGGCAAAACGAACAUAAAAUGGUCCUAAAGUCUUUCUACGGAACCAAGGCUAUGGGGCAGCUGAAGGACAUAGAUGAGGAACUCCUGAGCCAUAUCGACCAGGGGCGUGCCUACAUACAGGUCAGCACCAAAAGGAGGCCAUUCGGAGAGAUUCGCGGACAUGUGCAAAUCCCCAACAGAUGUCAUUCCCGCCACAAUCUGUACGAGGAGGAAGAGCAACACUCCGUCGCCAUGGCACAGGAGCGGGAGUACGAGCGGGUGAAGGAAGAUCCGAACAGCUGUUACUUUGAGGGGGAGUACCACGGGCAUGGCUCCACCUGGGUACCCGCAUACGACGAGAAAUGUAGUACCUGCAAGUGUCAGAAAAGUACGGUGAUUUGUGACCCGGUGGCCUGCCCUCAGCCUGACUGUUACAACCCGGUUAUCCCCGAGGGAGAGUGCUGCCCCAAAUGUCCCGACGAAAUUCAAAACAACCAAGCCUCCCGGUCUCCGCAACGGAACUCAGCUGUCAAAGGAAGAAAAUCUGGCAUCAUCGUGCAACAAGAGACGGAAGGGUGUUACUUUGACGGCGACAAAAAGUUCCAUGGGUAUGGCGAAGAAUGGCACCCGUACGUUCCACCUUUCGGCUACAUCAAAUGUGCCAUCUGCGUCUGCGAGAAAGGAACCAACCAGGUGACCUGUAACCGAGUCAGGUGCCCCGUGCUCCGAUGUAAGACCCCGAUCAGAGUCAACCCGACAGACUGCUGCAAGCAGUGUCCUGAGACGGAGACUAAUGAGGCGCCAAUCACUGACGACGUGGUGGAGGAAGACUGGCGGCAUGAGGAGGAGGACUCUGACCAGAGUUUUGUCUGGCCGACAGAAACUACGAUUACCAGGUCCGGCACCAAAACAGAGCAAGGAGGUUGCAGAUUCGGGAAGGACACGCACCAGAACGGGGAGUCCUGGAACCCCAAGGUGCCACCUUUCGGGGUCAUGAAGUGCAUCCAGUGUGUCUGUAAGAACGGAACUGCGGACUGUAGGAGACCCAAGUGUGAUAAGCUCAACUGCAAUCCGAGUGAUGUCGUCAAAGAAGAUGGCGAAUGUUGUCCACGUUGCCGAGGAAAAUGAUGCGGCUUGAUGUAAGGAAUGACGUCUCUUUCUGUGCCACUGGUUGAAUCAUUGAUCAGCGGUGUGAGGAGGGGUGAUUCUCUGUACUAUGACUUCCCACUGCCAACAGCAAUGUUUCAUAUGUUCUCUCACAUGUAACGAAUAGUCGGAAACACCUAAUAUAACUGUUUUAUACUCAAGUCUUACCCUCUCC